CCCGUCGGAAGAUAAACAGAGAAUGAUCCGCUGGAGAGGCACGAAAACCGAGGUUGUCAAGAGCAACAGUGAAUUUAUGAUACCAAUUGCGAGAGGCUUGUCGAAGUCCGUACAACUUGAAGACACGAGUAUCCCCAGGUUGGGCAAAGCCUUGGGGAAUGUGCACAUAGACCUCUUCUUCAAGAUCGUCAUGCAAGAAUGCAUUAUUGACAUCAAGCUGAUGCAGAUGUCACCCGCGACUAACAACCACUGUGAGCACACAGAGCACAGUCACGAGCUUCGCGAUGGGGGUAAAAGUAUCAUGGAAGUCGAUACUUUCAAUCUAUGUGUAACCUUUGGCGACCAGACGAGCUUUGAAAUGCUCGAUAGAACCAUCAGCCAGGAACUUGAUUUUGUAAACCCACUUCGGCGAGAUGGCACGUUUGCCGAGAGGGAGAUCGACUAGACUCCAAGUGCCAUUGAGCUCUAGAGCACGAAUUUAAUUGACCAUUGCAUCACGCCACCGGGGAUCCUUCAUAUCCUGCAAGAAAGUACUAGGUGUAUCAUGUGAAGUUACUAUAGCUAGAAAGGCAUGAUAGGUGGAAGAAACCCUUUCAUAAGAUACAAAAGCAAACAAAGGGUACUUAGAUGUAGAAUCAUGAGGUUGUCUCGGACGAGUGCGGACGCGGUCACUGCGGCGAGGAGGAGGAGGUGGUGAUGGGUUGGAUGUUGGCGAGGGAGUGGAAGAAUCGGAGGCCUCUGAGGUCGAAGACUUGCUAGCAGUGAAUCCAAGCUGACAGGGGAAGGUGGGGACACGUCUGCAGGAGAAGUCGGACCAGGACGUGGCGAACGAGUACGGCCAAAAAAUGGGAAUGCCUCGGUAGAGUUUGGCAGUGCAUGAUCGAUAGAGACCGCGCCAAAAUCGACAAGAUCAACGUCAUCAAUAUCAACUGGAUCAACAACGGGGCACGGUAUCCAGUGGAACUCGCGGUGAUGCGGCUGUUGAAAAGGGAAAACAACUUCAUGAAAAACAAUGUCACGUGAAUUAAAAAUCUUCUAGGAAGUGAGAUCAUAAACCCGGUACUCCUUUUGACUAGAGGCAUAGCCGAGAAACGCACAGGCACGCCCCUGUUCUCCAAACUUGUCAAGGUGGGCCUGCGUAUCCUUCGAGUAAACGGGACAACCAAACACCCGCAAAUGCGUAUAAGUAGCAGGCUUAUUGAAUAGAGUCUCGAAGGCAGUGCGACCUGUAGCUGUCGUGGGAAGACGGUUGAUAAGAUAUGCAGCCGUGAGAAUACAUUCUCCCCAAAAACGAAGUGGGAGACCAGCCUGGAAGCAUAAAGCGCGCGUCGUCUCUAGAAAAAGGUGAUGCUUGCGUUCGACUAUGCCAUUUUGUUGUGGCGUAUCAGUGCAUGAAGUUUGAAGCACAAUACCUUCAUCUGCUUAAUACUGCUGCAUACUCAGGGUAUUGAACUCCAAGCCAUUGCCCGCCUGAAUGCGGCGAACCCGAGCCCCAAACUGAGUGAGAACCUGCUAAAUAAACAUCAUCAAACAUCGACCAACCUCUGAUUUAUAACGCAACAGAUAUACACAUGUGCCGCGACUGAAAUCAUCCACUAUCGUAAGAAAAUAACGAGCACCACUCAAAGUAGAAAUAUAAUAGCCUCCCCAAAUGUCAACAUGAAUUAAAUCAAAACAAGCUUGGGUUCGUACACCACGAGUGGGAAAGGGGGUACGACUCUGUUUAGCACGAGAACAUGGAUGAUAUAAUCCCUUAUUCGAAGGCAAAGAAACUUUCAAAACAGAACUAAGUUGCUCGAGCUUGGCAGGAGAGGGAUGUCCAAAUCGAGCAUGCCAUACGUCCUCUGAAAACCGGCGCCCACCAGUGACUUUACAAGCUCAUGCAUGUCCACUACCAAAUAGACCCAGAUAAUAGAGGUCGUCCCGUAGCUCACCCUUCCCAAUCAACUUCUUGGAGACUAAGUACUGGAUAAUGUAUAAAUCAUCAAGAAAGAAUAUUGCAACUUGAUUCUCUUUAGUAAAAUGAUUGACUGAGAUCAAGUUGCACCAAAAUUCCGGGACAUGUAAGAGCCGAGUAAGAGAAAGCCCAGUCGAAUAAUUCACACAACCCAAGUUAGUGGUGGGCAUCAGUUCGGUUUGGUCAAAACCAAACUGAUGCAUACCGGGUCUUUAUUCUAUGCUGAAUCUAGGGGUGGCUAUACGAUCUGGUCCGCUUAAAUUGACAAGAAUUGAUUCGGUCUGGGUCCGGUCUUUUCGGGAAUAUAAGGACCAAAAAUUG